AUCAUUGUGACAUUUGAUUUAUGUGUUAAUUUAAAAGUAUUCUAGUCAAUAGUGCAAAAAUCAAAUUUCUUUUACUUACUUUUCUUGAACUAUGAAUUUUGCACCAGAGUUAAUAAACCAUUCUCAAAAAGUAUGUGCACUGUACAAAACGGCACUGAGAUUGAUCGAGUCGUAUUAUUAUCCUAGAUAUGUUAUACGUUAUCACCAAAUUCUUUUGAGAAAGCGAUUUGAUGAUAAUAAAUGCGUUUGCGAUCCUAAGGAGCAACGUCGCCUUUUGUGGGUAGGGGAGCAUGAAGCUUUCAUGAAGAAAAACCCUGUAUUCCUUGGACGAUUUUCAAAAUCGCUUGGACGUGCAGGAGGUGUAGCUUUUGAACGAGUUGUUGAACCACCGGACUGGGUUAUGGAUUACUGGCAUCCAUUAGAAAAAGCGCAGUAUCCUCAAUAUUUUGCUACUCGAGAGUGCCGGAAAAACCAGUUCAUCAAGAAGUGGCAAGCUGGUAUUUUGUAAUGAGAUUGAUAAUGUGUCUUCUUUCUUGAGCAAAAUAUAGAAUAAUCCUUAA